AUGCGCCACUCAGUGUUUUUCUCGGCUGUUAUCGUCUCCACAAGUGUUAAUUCUGUCGGACUCUUUGCCAGCCUGUUUAUUGCAGUGGUCAGUUACAAGACUGGGAUGCAAAACCAUAGACUCUCCAGUUUCGACAGGCUCCUGGUUAGCCUGGGCAUCAACCGCUUCCUGUUGCUGGGAUUGUUUCUUCUGAAUGUUAUUUGCUUUUUCAUUUUCCCAAAUGUUGUAAGGCCGGUGCCUGUCGCCACUUUUACCCUGUUGUGCUGGCUCUUCUUGGACUCUAACAGCCUGUGGUCUGUAACCUUGCUCAACGCCUUGUACUGUGUGAAGAUUACUAACUACCAGCACUCAGCGUUUCUGCUGCUGAAGCGCAACCUCCCUGCCAAGGCCCCCCGGCUGCUGCUGGUCUGUGUGCUGCUUUCUGCCUUCUCCACUCUCCUGUAUCUUGUGCUCCUACAGACAUCACCCCUUCCUAUGUUUGUGGUUGGGAGGAAUGGCACCGAGUUUCACAUUCAUGCGGACCUCUUGUUUUUGGUGACCUCUUUGGUGUUGAGUUCAUGUCUGCAGUUCCUCAUCAACGUGACGUCUGCGUCCCUGUUAAUCAGCUCCUUGAGGAGACAUGUGCAGACGCUGCAGAGAAGCACUACUACUCUUUGGAAUCCCCAGAUUGAAGCUCAUGUGGGCGCUAUGAAGCUGAUGAUCUUCUUCCUGGUCCUGUAUAUUCCCUAUUCCAUGGCUACCCUGUUCCUUUACCUGCCUUCUCUAGGCAUCGGCCUGGAGGCCAGAUCUGUUUGUAUGAUUCUCUCCACCCUUUACCACCCGGGACAUUCUGUGCUCAUUAUUCUCACACAUCCUAAACUGAAAACUAAAGCCAAGAAGUGUCUUUGUUUCAACAAACAGUGGAAUUCGAACGUUCGCUAG